CAACACGCCUCGGAUAUCCCACGCCCCACGCAAUGCUCCCCGCUGCAUCGCUCCCGACAGUUAGACUCGCCAAAUCCACCCUCCAUCGCGGCACCCGCGCAUCCUCAUGGCGUCUAUUCUCCGCCUCCUGCGCCAGCCGUAAAGAAGAACCAUUCCGUAUCUUGUUCUGCGGCUCGGACGACUUUUCCGUCGCUUCCCUCGAAGCUAUCCACAACGCUAAAGAUCUGUGGUCGAGUAUUGAUGUCGUCGUGCCCGCAGAGAGGCAAGUCGGGAGGGGCGGACGACAUGCGCAGCACCAUACCUACACCCCGGCACUACGCCAAUACGCCGAGAAACACAAUCUACCCCUCUCCACCGUCCCAUCACCAGGUCUCAAAUCAUGGUCCCCCCCAUCCCACUUUCUCCCCUCUCCCUCCUCCCCUACGCCGGAGCCUGUGAAGAAGAACGUCCUCCUAACAGCCUCCUUCGGGCACAUCAUCCCCUCCCCCUUACUCGCCCUCUUCGCCCCGACACACCGCUUGAACGUGCACCCUUCGCUCCUCCCGCGCUGGCGUGGAGCCGCGCCGGUGCAGUGGACCAUUGCUAAGGGGGAUGAGAAGACUGGGGUGAGCGUGCAAGGAUUGGUUGAGUAUAGCCGGGGGGUGGACGCGGGGGAUAUCGUAGGACGAGUCUAUGGCGUUCCAGUCCCAAAAAACGCGACAUACAACUCCCUCCUACCCCACCUCGCGCUUAUAGGCGGUGAUCUCCUCGUCGACGUCCUCCGUCAACUCAAAGCCGGUACCGCAACAUUCACCCCCCAAAACCCGUCGCACAUAACCCAAGCCCCCAAAAUCACGUCCCUCACCGCCCACCUCCGUUUCCCGGACCAAACGGCUGUGGAGAUUGAUAGGCUGCAUAGAGGGGUUGGGGGGCAGGUUCCCCUCUGGACGACUUUGGGCGGCGAGGGCGGGACGAGUGUGCAGCUGUUAUCUGUUGCCCCUGUUGCCCCUGUUGGUGCGCCAGUUCUUUCUCUGCCAUUAGACCCCACCCCCGGCAUAGCUGUCCUCCACAAAGAAAAGAAAGAGAGGAAGCUCUUCGUAGCAUGCAAAUCCGGCACAUGGCUCCAAGUACACACGCUCAAGACGGCGGGGAAGAAGGCGUUAAGCGUUGGGGAGUGGUGGAAUGGGUUGCCCAGGGAUGUGAGGGAGGGUGGGGGGUUGAGGUUUGGGUAG